AUGCAAUUAUGAUAUUGACAUUUCAUCGAAUGUGAAACCAUACGCAACUUAUUAUCAUCAUCAUCCGUGCCAGUAUAGCACACACAAAAAAAUCAGUGAUUGUUAUAACAACACAUAAGGAUGAUGUGUCCACGUAAAUUUUUCAAAUGUGAAAAGUGGACAUAAAGGAAAAUAAAACAGAAAUAGCCAACACCAACCAACCAUUACGUGAAAAGUAAAAGUGAUUAAGCAGUGAGGUGAAAGGAACAAAUACAUUUUCAAGUGUGAAAAAAUGGUGUCACUCCUGAAAAAUCAGCUCCUAAAACACUUAUCACGUUUUGUAAAGGAUUUAUCGCCCGACAAAAUCAAUGUGAGCGCAUUCCGUGGUGAAGGUGAUCUAUCGAAUCUACAAUUAAACGAAGAUGUAUUGACGGAAUUAUUAGAGCUACCGUCAUGGAUACGAUUGACGUCGGCGUGGUGUAAUCACGUUUCGUUUCGGAUUAGCUGGACCAAAUUGAAAAGUGUGCCAAUUACUCUGAGCUUGGACGAAGUGAAUAUAACGAUAGAAACAUGUGAAUUUGGACGAAAUGGAAAUAGUAGCGCUGGAGGAUGGCAAUCGUUAACUGCGCCCAAAGGAAAAUACAAUUUCAUUGACAAGAUCAUCGAUGGAAUAACAGUCACGAUAAAUACGGUUAACAUUAAUUUUAAGAGUCCAGCAUUCGUUGCAUCGGUGCAGAUGUCACGAAUACGCGUCGAAUCGAAAACACCGAAAUGGCUGAAUGGAGAUCUACGAGUGACUCGACUGAAAGAUACUGUGAAUGGUCAUUUGUUGAUAUUUAAAGAGCUAUCUUGGCAAACAGUUCGAAUUGAAGCCAGUUCGACGCAAGACAAAUCGCUAACGCCACUUCGAUUAUUAACGAAUGAAGCCAGAUGUCGAAUAACGAUUAAAAAGAAACUUUCCGAUUGUACCAUAUUGGCAUCACGUUUAGUUCUAGUCUUAGAUGACUUACUGUGGGUACUAACCGAUUCACAAUUAAAUGCUGCCCUUCAUUUCGUUGACUCGCUAGCCAGUCUGAUCAAAACGUCUACCAAUCUCACGCAAAAGACAAAAGCCAAGAAAAUUCUCGAACAGUUACCAGAAUAUCAAGCGCAAAUUACGCAGCAAUCACGGCAACAACAAAACUCAAGUGAUGCCGUUAUUUCUGCUGCACAGAGAUCGUUUAACAUGUUUGAUGUAAAGGAAACAUCGUAUCAUUUCUCCAGUCAACGCAUUGAUUUGCAUCUAUGCGAUGAUGCCGGAAAUGGUAGAUCGUGCUAUCCAGAUCUCAGUGAUGGUGGGGCAUUACAGAUUUCGAUUCAUGGCUUUCAGGUCGACUAUUUUCCAUUCCAUUUGGCCAAAUACAAUCGAGCACACUGGCCAAAAUACAAAGAAGCCGCAAUACCACCAGCGUUAUGGCUAGAACAAUCAUUGAACACAUUCCGUGAGUCAUUGUUGGAUUUAUGUCAACCGAACCGAGCGUCAGCUCAUCCACCGUUAGAACGAUCAUCGCCACAACAAACGCCAUCCAAUGAAAAUACAUCGAACAAACCAAAUGCAGCGCAGGCUGCUUCAACAAAACAAAUUUUAGAUAAUUUUAACAAACUAAUGACCGCAUGUGUUGUGCUACGUAUUGAUAAUUUUAUGCUGUAUCGUGUAACCACAUCAGGGAAAAAGUCAAUGCCAAAGGAAUUUAUCUCAGCACUGCACAAACGGAAAAAUAAAUCAGGUGACAGAGAACGAUAUUCAAUCCCAGACGAUCUAUCAACCCUGCAUGCCGAAUUUACCUAUUUUUAUUUCCCUGGAGAUUUUGAUUUUCCAUUGCCGCCAUCAAAAGUGUUCGUUCACGUCAAUCCAGUACAGAUAAAUUUUCAUUUAGAUAGUAUUUUAUGGUUGAAUUCAUUUGCGUUGAAUUUGCAUGAGAACCUAUUGCGAACAUCGAUGAAUGCAUCGAAUGAGAGUGGAACGAGUCAAAAUGAGCCGAGUUUCAUGUAUAUGGAUGUUAAAAUGGAAGCAAUAAUGCCACGAGUAAUCAUAGAAUCAACAGUUGAUGCACCGAAUCAACGAGAUCGUCCAAAAACUAUGCAAAUUCAAAUUUCACGUUUUGCUCUCACAAAUAUACGGGAAACUGGAUCAUCGCGAGCUGACUUGGCGAAUGCAUUACACUCACUGCAAGAAGGAAGCCUUGUCUUUGCAGCCGACUUUCCAUCAAAAGCAGACGAUUUGAGUGUUGUGACAGAUAGAAUUCUAUCGCAUAUGGCAGCUUCGGAUAUGAUGUCGAACAAAUCAUCGCCGAAUUCAUCAUCGGCAAAUAAAACCAUAACGACACCGAUGUUAACAAGGUACGCACUAUGGAUUGAACCACGCGAUGUAUGGUGUGUAAAGCUUGAUCCGAUUUGGAUCGAAUUUCUUGGAGUUCGAUCGGUUGGACAGAAUAAAGCCGUUCCAUUUGUUGAUGCCGUGCCGAUCACAUUCUGGAUUCAUGGCCGAUCAUCAGCCAAAUUGAAUCCGACGUUCAAUACGUUUAUCGGCGAGUCGAUGUCGUCAAUCAAUCAAAAAUCCCAAGAUACUGGCGAUGACCGAAACUUAAAUACCGAAAACGGUCCAUACAAUUCAGACUAUCUAUCACAAAUGAAUUAUGCUCAAACGAAUCCAUUCUAUGCAACUCACAGUGAGGAUCAUACAAGUGACAGUGAUUCGACAACGAUACAUGCUCGCACCGCCAAAGCAUCGAUGACAUCAACAAACGACGAUUCAUCGCAAGCUGAUUUACACAUAAUUGCCCAUGUUUCAAAUUUAGUUAGUAUUCAAAUUGAUCAUUAUCAAUACUUGUUCCUACUGCGUUUGGCAGAAACAUUCACUGAACUGUCGACAUUUUUAACGAUCGAUUCAAAACGAAUUCUAAAAGAAAUUGACGAAAGUAAAUCGAUUGUAAUCGGUUGUGUCAUACCUCAAGUAGAAGUUACAAUGGUAAUGCCCUCUCAAACGCCCGGAAAAGAAUCAACUGGCGGCGAUGGAGAAAGUGUACUACCAGAUUCAGCUAGUCUUGGCGAUGAUUUACAUUUUAAUGCACACACAAUAAAUGCAACAAAUUGGCCAUUAACGCUUGAUCAAAUGAAAAAUCAUCAGAAUACAAAUACAUUUGGUAGCAUCGAAACACCAUCACCAGUUACAAAUGAAGCGCCCGAUGCCAUUUAUCAACAAUUCGAACAAUCUCAGCAAAUUCAGUAUACGUCAAGUCCAAACACGCAUGGUUUCAAUGUUCAAAUUGUCAGUACCACAUCGUCGAAUAAUACAACCAGCGUAUCGACACCGCAAAGCUCAACACCGGUGUCCCGCGGAAAAAAUCGAAACUCAAUCACUGAUUCCGGUUUGAACAUUGGAUCCAGUCUGAUAUCAAUGAAAAAAGGAUUUUCGAGUUUUAUGACAUCCAUCGAUUCGGCGCUUAAAACCAAUAUGUCAGACGACAUGAGUGAUACGAUUUCGAUUCAAAGUGAUAUUAGUUCGGAUUCAGAGAAUUAUGUUAUGGUGCUAGCUGAUGAUAAGACUGCCGAUUGCAUGGAUGUCAUGUUCAAGUUGAAUCCGUUCAAUACAGACAACGCAACCACCAAAGCAAAUACAGUUGAAGUAGCGAGUGAAGUAUGCGAAGAGGUUGAUUACAAAACGAAUAUGUCGUCACCGUCCGAACCGUCUGAAGCAAGUACGUGGCGUAGACGUGAUCUAGUUUCAAUGGCAACAUUUCGUUUAACAACUGUAGAAAUAAUACGGCAAAAUCGUGGACCAGUAUCAGCAAUACGUGUACAAGUAGCGGCUGUAUCCUGUGAUGAAUGCGGUGCAAUACCAUGGGAUGAAUUUCAGUCAACCCAUCAAAAGCAAGCCCAGACAAAGUUUGGUGCGCGUUGUCGUGCAUGGAAUAUUGCACCGUAUAACCAAGAGGCACCGCCAUGCAUUCGUUUACGCUUGGACGACGAGCUCAAUGUACCUGCAACAGUUGCCAAGGAUUUCAUUGUCAAAGACAAGAAAGAAGUUUUGGGUUGGUUUGACCACAAACUGGAGGUGAGAUGUAAAGAGCUAUCGAUGGCAUUAUCAAUGAGUACAGUGAUCGGUUUGAGUGAUUUGGCCGAAGAUGAAGUUAUUGCGAAACCAUUGCCAAUGGACGUUUUAUUGGAAAACUUGAAGCUAACAUUAAUUGAAGAUCGUCCACCUGUGAACAUCACGUCGCCAGGUGCAAUUCCAAUCAAUCUACAAAUUGGACAAAUGCGAAUUAAGCGCAAUGAAAUGGGAAUUUUUGAAAUUCAACCGAACGAUGGCACACAGAUCAAUUCGAAUGCAAUUGUUCCGAUCGAUGGGGAAAAGAAUAAGCGCGAAAGAGAUCGUGAAUUGAUUUCAUUGCAGCUAGUUAUGCAGCAACUCAAAAUUGACAACAACAGUCUGAAAAAGCAAUUGAACUUACUAGAACAGUCAAGCGAAGCAAAUACGAAUAGAGCGCGUCAAGAAAGCGAUUUGUUGAGAACGUACUUGAAGAAAGCACAAGAUGACGCUGCUGCGCUACUUGAUGAAAAAAGAAAGCUUCUCGAUACCGUUCGCAAUCUACAGCAACAACUCGUAUCCAAAGAUCGCAACACAAAGAACGACGGUAAUAGAUAACAUCAGUGUAUGGAUUGUAUACAAUGUUGCGUAGAGAAUAAUAAUUCUUAAUGGUUGUAUAAUCAGAAUACAGUCAUUGAUACAGUUCUCGUGAUAUUGACCAAGAUUAAUGAGUUUUUGCGGGCUUGCCCCCCGAAAUUAGAAUUUCUAUUUAAUUAAAUAAUUGAAAUUUAUUUGUUAAUAACGUGAUACAUAAAUUAAUUGUAGCUAUGAAGAUUUUGAACUAUCAACAAUAUGCCAAGAGAAUAUUUUUGAAUUUUGAUAUGCAUUGAAUGCAUUCUUCGACCUAAUAUUUAAAUGCAAACUGUACAUAAUGUUGCGUGGAGAAAAACAACUCCAUAUGCUAGAGCAAUUGCAAAAAUCAUUUGUACAGUUUGUUAUAUCGACCAAGAUUAAAUGAAAUUGUUUAUUGACCGGACAUUUCAUUGAUUGUUCCAACACACAAAAAAAAUAAAUAGUAGAUUUUUUAGGUUAUGUGAUAGUCACAUAAUUUACCACACAACAAGAAAAAUCUACCACAAAGUGUCAAAUUAAAAGAUAAAUUUUCUCGUACACAGCUCUUUACAAAAUGCUGUGUUGAAGGGUCCAAAAGUGCACUGGCAAUUGCUUCGAUUGACAACGGCAUUCUUGCUAGGGGCUUAAUUCAAAAUUUUCAACGACUGAAUUCUAUAAUAUCCCAAUUUAAAAAAAAUUGCGUACAUAGAAAAAAUAAAAAAACUGGGCGUUUGUU